CUUCUGGCCUCGCCCUUCUCACCGCCCUGUCGCGCGCAGGGUUCCGAGCCCGGGAGGACCCGACCGCCCGCCGCCCGCGCUGGCCCGCUGCCCGGGGCUGCCCUAGGACCCGGCCUGACCUCUGGGCCCGUCCGCCCGGGAGCCGUGUCCCGGCCUCAGGCGAGGCGUGAAACUGGAACCCUCAGGGAACAUGAGUGAAUUUUGGCACAAACUGGGCUGCUGUGUGGUCGAGAAGCCCCAGCCGAAGAAGAAGAGGAGACGGAUCGACCGAACCAUGAUUGGGGAACCCAUGAAUUUCGUGCACCUGACGCACAUCGGCUCUGGGGAGAUGGGGGCCGGAGACGGACUUGCCAUGACGGGCGCGGUCCAGGAGCAGAUGAGGUCCAAGGGGAGCCGGGACAGGCCGUGGAGCAGCUCUCGGGGCUUGUAGUCCGACAGGAUGGAGGGCUCUGCUGUCUGGAGCCGCCGCUCUGUCCAGCCCGGAAGAGAUGCUGCCCCUGCCCACCCCAGAACCGGACCCAGGCCCUCAGCCUCCCUGCCUGACGCUGAUAGUGCCCCAGAAGGUUUGGGGGCUGGACUCCCUCACUCCCUCUGGCGAGCCCCUCCUGGAGACGGGUCAAGGCAGCAGGACUGACCGCGUGACUACUGGUGGCCAGGGGAGCUCGGAAAGCCCUGGACACGCUCGGAUCUGAGAUAGGAGUUUUCUGGGGAGCCGGAAAGUCCCCGCUCCUGAAUGACGGUCUCGGUGCCAUCUGUGUUUAGACGCUCGCCCGAAGCGGGGCAGCGGGGGGGCCCAGGCGCCUCUCGCUUUGUGGCGACGCCCCCCCGCUCCCCCCGCCCCCCAGGAGUGAACAGAGGCGAGCACGGCCCGGCUGGUCCUCUUCGGAGCUCGGGCCUUGCAGCCGAGCCCCCCGUGCCUGCCAGGACCAGCUCCGCCAGCUGGGCCUCCGAUCCAGUGUUCCUGUAGCGUCGUAGGCCGCAGCAUCCGUCCCUUUUUUAACUUAAUUAAACAUGUCGUUUAAGACGCGCUCUCGUAAUUACCCGGCCUGCCACUACCUCUUCCCUCAGCACCAGCCUGUUGGAGCCGCAUUUUUGCCCCUCAGUAGGGGCUGAGUGGUGGGUUGUAACCUGAUGACAUUCCACUGCACCCGCCACUGGCCCCUGCUGGCCCCUGCUGGCCCCGGGAGAGGAACAGACUCUGGGGCAACCCCGCGAAGCUGGGGCAGCCAGUGAGAGCAGCUGCCCGCGCCUUUAGGGCCCCGGGGCCCCGGCCAGCAGGGCGCUCGUGCUUGGGGCAACCUCUGGCGGGUGCUUCGCAGUGGACGCCGGCAGUGCCUUUUAGGGUGCUUGGUAGCUCCCCGGUUCUGACAACCAAGCAGGGUCCCCGUCACUGUCAGACGUCACCCGCCCUCGAGUGCGCCUGCCCUAGGCCUCUCCUGGUUUCCGGCUGUUCGCAGCGAGCUGUUCCUCACGGGACGGGGCUCCUCACCCUGCGGCGCCCGCCUGGGCUGUCUGCGGAGACAGGUGCUUCCCCUCCGGGGAGGGGUCUCUGCCACGUGGAGGUGGGGUGGGGGGAGAAGAGCAUGAGAGCUGGGGACACCCCAGCUCCGCGGAUUUCAAACUCGGUGCCCUGUCCCGCAGCCAGACACGGGCAGGCUGUGAACACCGGCCUUCCCGCCCCGCGGACCCGCUCUCUGGGGCAGGCGGCGCUGGUUUCUCUCAGGUGUUUCUCGCCCCGGCCCUCGCAGGGGACCGGGCGGCAGAGCGGUGCUGGAGCGCUGGCCUGCCCCGCGGGUCUCCUUGCUCUGGGACAGGCCCCUCCGGGGUGCAGGGAGUGGGGGCCGGCAGUGGGACUCCCCGCCCGCCCUGGGGACCCAGGGCCCGGCGCGGCUGCCUCGGCCGGGCCCAGCCAGCCCCGCAGGCUGCUCGGGGCCCCCGGGCCUCCCCCACUCCCGCGCCGCCCUCCAGCGCCGUCCUCGCUGCAACACAAGUGGGGUAGGCUUGAGUCAUAAUUUAUAUUCAAACUUUGUUGAACUUUUAAAUACGUUUUUCAAAUAAAAAUUGAA